CAAAGGAUGCAGGAAAACCAGCACUGCUCAGCAAUGCCGCAGUUAUUCUGAACAUUCUGGAUGAAAAUGACAACCCUCCAGUCAUUGUGGUCCCUCAGCUGUGUAACUUCACUGCAGAUGUGCCUGCUUCAAAAUUUACAGAGGCUGGACACUUAAUAACUGUGGUUAGGGCAACUGAUAGAGAUACAGGAGUCAAUGCUGAGCUCAUUUGCUCUAUAGUCAGUGGCAACGAAGAAGGAUUCUUCUUGAUUGAGCCAAGAACAUGUGAGAUUCAUGCCAACGCUAGUCUGGAUAAUGUCCCCCAUGACCAUGCAGAGCUGACUGUUGUGGUCAGAGAUCAAGGAAGUGAGAGUCUCAGUGCUAAGGCCGUUCUGAAAAUCACUUUCCAUGAGACCAUUGAGAACCACGGGUCAGUAACGGACCAAGGAGAGCCUUCACUUGAUGUAUCUGUGAUUAUCAUCAACUCCUUGAGAGCCAUCUGCAUCGCACUCAUGUUUAUCAUGGGGGUGUUUGCUUCUCGCUGGACACCAGCUGACAAACUCAACGGCAGAAAGGUUUUUGUAUCAGUGUGUUUCAGUGUGGGAGGAUCCGAUGAGCAGUCCAACAGCUAUCUCAUCUUUGGCUCUGGAACAAAGCUCUAUGUAACAGAUAAGCCGACAGUGAAGCCCGAGGUGACCGCUUACAAAGCAGCAAACAGUACCAGCCUCGGGGGGAGGAGCGCGCUGGUGUGUCAGGCCUCAGGAAUGAUUCCUCCUCUGGUCCAGUUCUCCUGGAAAAGAGAGAAGAACGGCCGGCUGGAGGAUCUGCCCCCUGCUGAGGUGGAGCAGCUGGAAAUCAAAGAGCCAGGACGCAUCACUUCCAUCACGGUGCUCGAUCAGGGUGAUAUCUACUCAUAUAAAUACCUCUGUGAAGUCAACCACGAGAAAGGCAAAGUGACCGGCCAAAACAAAAUAGAGAUUAGAGGACCUUCUCCUCCCCCACCGCCUCCCCCACGCUGGUUUAAAGAGAGGCUGCUGUGUCUGAUGUACACAGUGCUGAUAGCGAAGAGUCUGGCGUACUUCUGUGGACUCUCUCUGCUCGGGAUCACGAGAAAGAAGGGACGUUCAACCAACAGCACACCUGCUAACUGA